AUGAAUGGUGAUAUCGAUGAAACAAAUAAUAGUAGUAUUUGUUCAUCAUCAAAUAAUGCUAUUACAACAUCCUCAAGUGCUCUUCGAAAACAACAACAAAUCAAUCGACGUCGAGCGUUUUUU